AUGGGACAUAUUCGACUGCAAUCUUCUAGCAAUCAAUCAUUGAAAUUGACUAUGAAUAGAUAUCAACUUAAACAGUUUUAUGAGUUCAAUAGCAUUUGUGAGACACUUAUUCUGACCAAUUCUGAUUUUUCUCCAUCUGACAACCAGAAAAUUUUAAAAGAAAAUGCAAUCAACUUAAAUCCAGGAAGAGAUAAUAAUGCAACUAAAAUAUAUGUAAUACCCAACAUCAGAAAUGACAAUCAAGUGUAUGGAAAAGAAAUAAAUAAUUCACAUAAAUAG